AUGGGGCCUGCAUAUCGACCGAAUACAAGAACAUGGGCAUCCCACGCACCCUCCCCCGCUACGAAAUCUGACGACUCCGCAACCGCAAACACAGACGUAGACGCAGACGCAGAUGAAUCCAUGGCCGACGCCGCACCAGCAGAUGAAGCAGAAGCUACCCAAACUACACAGGACGCAAAGGAGCGCAAGCGCAAAGAGAAGGAAAUACACAUCCUGCAUCAAACCACCUUCCGCAAACCCACCUGGUCCUACUUCCACCUCACCCUCGUCACACCAGGCACCGCCUCACAAACACCCUCGGCCUCCGCGACACCCUCACACUUACACGAUGUCGACGCGCUAACCGUCUCUACCCUCCUCAUGCAGCCGCUCAUAGCGUACCUUGGCAUCACGGGCUCCGCUGUGCCUAUCGAUAUUCUACAUACUCAGGGCCGCAACGCGUACGUGCGCAUACCGAGGCAGGAUGCGAGAGCUUUCCGCGCGGGACUGAGUGGCUGGAUUGGCGGGUGUGAUUCGGGCAGUGUGCCGGGCGUCAAGGAGGGUGGCAGGGUGAACGUUGCGUGGAGGGUUGUUGCUGAGGGAGGGAGCUUGGGGCUGUUGAGGGGAGCAGGAGAGGAAGUCUUUGGAUCGAACGGAGUUGCUUACUGA